AUGAUUAAAUCGACCCAAAUAAAAACACUAGGCACAUAUAAAGGUGAGGGAAUCUUAUGCAAGCGCCAGCAUAUCUUCCCCGUGUGUGAAAAAUAUACUGACGUUUCUGGGAUAGAUUGGACGCCUGUGGAAAUAUACAAUUCUGUUCUACAAGUAGUUGGACCCUGUUCGGCCCGCGCCUUCCACGGGGAUAUCCCGAGUCAAAACCCCGAGUGGCUGGAGGUUACUACUGGGUACGUGGUGACGGUAUUCGACUCCAUCAAAGCACUGAAAAAAUGGCCACCUUACUUGCGACCGAUCGCCAACCGCCUACUGCCGUACCGUGCGAAAAUUGAUCACCAGUGGGCAAAGGCCCGAAAGAUUCUGGCAGCAUCACUGAAGCAAAAGGCCUCACUGGGUGGUAAAGCCAUCAAUGAGCCGCCGUCUUUAUUCGAUCAUUUGACAUCGGAAAAGUCCCCCGCUAGCAAAGAGAGCAUAGAUAAACAGCUAAUUUACCAGAUGACGCUGGUUGCUGUUGGCACCAUGUCUACUUUCUCGACUGUCGUGCAGUGUAUCUAUGAUCUUGCCGGGUUCCCUGACUUUAUCGCCGGUCUUCGUGAGGAAGCGCUCAGUUGCCCACGGGACGAAGAUGGGCUUUUCGAUAAAGAUUCUCUGAAUAGCCUGAAAAAGCUGGACAGCUUCAUCAAAGAGAGCCUGAGACUCUCGUCUGGAGAUCUGACCACUUUCCACCGUGCAGCAACAGCAGAUUUGACCCUUCCCGACGGAACUUUUAUCCCCAAAGGCACAAAGAUAGAAACCAACACGUGUGCCAUCCAUGCUGAUAACACGAAGUUUGAAAACGCAACAUCGUUUGACGGACUGAGAUUCUACAAGUACCGCCAAAAGCCUGCACAAGAGCACAAGCACACGCUUGUCGCCGUUACCCCUAACGAUCUGGCAUUUGGGUUCGGGAAACAUGCCUGCCCUGGCCGCUAUUUUAGCCAAAUAGUCAUUAAGAUCUUUCUGGCUGAAUUCCUGAUCAACUACGACGUGAAAUGUUUACCAGGACAAUCAAGGCCAAAAAAUUUGGAAUUUGAAGCCAUGGUUGAUCCGGACCCUGAGGCAAAGGUGAUGCUCAAAAGCAUAAACACGCACUCUUGAUGACAACUAAUCACCCAGAAAUACUUGGUUGCUCGUAAGUUGAGCCUGAAGGCGAGGAAUCAAUUUCCUGACCUUUGUACGGGGGUGUCGCGUUGAAGAUCCCAGUCCACAAACUGAGCACAGCAAGAAAGGAGUGUGAAUGAUGAAAAUGGACAAUCAACGAUAUUUGGUAUCCAGCAUUGAUCCUUAUUAAGUCAUAUUCAUAUACAUAGCCAGUCUGGAAUCUCCAGUUCCACACAUAGGGAGGGAUCUAUUCCCAACCCUAGAGCUGUGGCCCCAUCUGUGAAUUC